AGCUGCCUGACCUAAGACGGGAUUGACAGGUCUAAGCUUGUGACGGUAAACAAAAGAAAACAGUGACGUGAUACAUUUUUAUAAUUUCCAUCAUCAUCCUUCAUCAUCAUACAUUCUUCAACUCCACUGACCUUUCUUCCCCUUCGCCAAACAAAACCAUCAUCGUCGUCCUUCCUAUUACUCACGAUAAUUGUCACGAAUUAAUACGAAACGAAACACGAUUCAUUCCUAUCAACUUAAGAAUAUUCGGGGCCAAGUAUACAAAGAAAACAGCUAGGAAUUGAUUAUUAGAGCUUAAUUCGUCAUGAGGUGGCUCUCCGUCUUCUCCCUCGGCCUGGCGGCUGAUGCCGUCGUGGCCAGUAAUUGGUUUAGCAAAGCAGCGUACAACAAAUGGCAUGAGACGGAACUAGAGCGAUGGCUCUCCGAUAAUGAUAUCCCCUAUCCUACACCCGCUGACCGCAAGGAUCUCGAGAACCUCAUCCAAAAGAACUGGGACUCUUAUGCCGUUGCUCCCUACAAGAAUUGGGAUUCCGACAAGCUUACAUCGUACCUACAAUCCAAAGGUGUUGAGACGAAGGAGUCGGCCAAGUCCAACAAGGACGCGCUUGUUUCCCAAGUAGCUAACACCUGGUAUGAGACGGAAGACAAGGCUCAGACGGCUUGGACUGAUGUACAUGAAUGGAUCUUGGAUACUUGGACUGAGAGUUCCUUGAAGGCGUUUGCUGAUAAGCAUGGCAUCCCAGUUCCCCAACCACGAACUCGCGAUACUCUUCUCCAGAAGGCCCGAGCUAAUUACGAGACGAUAGCGAAGAAGGCCGGAGAGACCGCUUCGUAUCCUGGUGAUUGGCUGUAUGAUUCUUGGUCUGAGUCUGACUUGAAAGAGUGGCUCGAUACUCAUGGUUUCCCUGCUCCUCAGAUCACUGAACGCAACAAACUGAUCGCCUUGGUUCGUCGCAACUCGCGUCUUGCGUACUUGAGAUUGCAAGAGCAGAAGGCCUCUGCCUCCGCUAGCGCCAAUGCUGCCUACGCUACUCUCACGGACAAGGUUAUUGAUGCUUGGAGCGAGUCCCAACUCAAGGAGUUCUGCGACAAGAACGGAAUCAACGUACCCCAAGGCAGCAAAGUCAACGAGGUCCGCGCCAUAGUCCGCAAGCACCGCGCCGACAUCCUCAGGGACAACGUCUCGGCAUCAGCCUCGAGCGCUUUCGGCGCCGCUACCAGCAAAGCGGGUAACCAAUACGCCAAGGCGACCAAUGACGCCAGUCUAGCCGCCCAAGAUGCGUUUAACUCAGCCGUAAACACCUGGUCCGAGAGCAGACUCAAGUCAUACCUCGACGCGCGCGGCGUGCCUGUCCCACAAGGCUCGAGGACAGAUCAGCUCCGCGCUUUGGUGCGUCGAAAUGCGCAUAAAGCAGCUCACCCGUACGGCGCGUGGACAUGGGAUGAUCUAUCUUACGAGAACCUCAGGCAGUACCUAGCGAACAGUGGUAACGCUGCCGCGAAGAAGGUCGGCGAGAGUAGUUCCGCGACACGUGAUGAUUUGGUAGAUGCGGCACAGUCGGCUUACUCGUCUGCUUCGAGUGCGGGUGGAGGCUCUUAUGCUUCGGCUACGAGUUAUCUUUUGCAUGCUACGGAGGCUGCCAAGAAGAGCACUUUUGAUACGUGGAGUGAGAGCGAGUUGAAGGCUUAUUUGGAUAGUUAUGGUGUUCCCGUUCCCCAAGGCUCUACCGUCAACGAACUCCGUGCCGAGGCCCGCAAGCAAUCGACAUACUUCAAGUACGGUACCACGAACCCCGCCAGCACCGCCUUCGCCAAGAUCGGCGAGAACGUUAAGGACGCGUACCAGUGGGUUGUGGAUCAGCUUGGUGCUGGAUCCGAGGCUGCGAAGAAGAAGGCUGGUGAUGUUAAGGAGGAGUUGUAAACCGUCUACUUCGCAUCUUGCCAUUACGGCUUUACGAAGCCCUAAAGGUGGGGUGAAGUCUUCAGGAUAUUGGCCGUUGAGGGUAUAACCGCCCGGCUUGUACACUUUACGGAUUGUGUUUCCCUAGGAAGAGAAACACCUACGAAACAACAGACUCGAUAGGGUCACGUAAAAGGGGUGUAUGGAUACGAUUGAUUUUUACUUGCGUUUAUUUCUCUGAGGUCGGUAUUAAGGGGCCGUUAUGUCUUGCAUGCACGUUUUCCUUUUAAGUACCUAG